UAGAGGCCGUGGGCGGAGCACGACGGUCGUUGUGGCGCUUGGUUGUAGAGUGACUGAUUUCUGCUGCCCCGUUCAUCGGAUAGAGGGACAGAGACGUUUCGAGAGCUGUUGGAAAGAUGUCCGACGACGAACAGCAAGAACAGACCAUCGCCGAGGACUUGGUCGUGACCAAGUACAAGAUGGGCGGUGACAUCGCCAACCAGGCACUGAAGGUGGUCAUCGAGGCAGCCAAACCAGGAGUAUCAGUUCUGAGCCUCUGUGAGAAAGGAGAUGCUUUCAUCAUGGCAGAAACAGGAAAGAUCUUUAAGAGGGAGAAGGACAUGAAGAAAGGCAUUGCGUUCCCCACCAGUGUGUCAGUCAAUAACUGUGUCUGCCACUUCUCUCCCCUGAAGAGCGACCCAGACUAUACGCUGAAAGAUGGAGAUUUGGUCAAAAUUGAUCUAGGAGUACAUGUCGAUGGCUUCAUCACCAAUGUGGCCCAUAGCUUUGUAAUAGGAGCUACUAAGGAAGCACCUGUGACAGGAAGGAAAGCUGAUGUCAUCAAGGCAGCACACUUGUGUGCUGAGGCCGCUUUGCGUCUCGUCAAACCUGGCAACCAGAACACACAGGUAACUGAGGCCUGGAACAAGAUUGCCCAGUCAUUCAAGUGCAGUCCAAUCGAGGGUAUGCUGUCCCAUCAACUAAAGCAACAUGUUAUUGAUGGAGAGAAGACCAUUAUCCAGAACCCUACAGAUCAACAAAGGAAGGACCAUGAGAAGGCAGAGUUUGAGGUUCAUGAAGUGUAUGCUGUGGAUGUGCUGAUCAGCACAGGAGAGGGGAAGGCAAGAGAUGGUGGCCAAAGGACAACCAUCUAUAAACGGGACCCCAGUAAGCAGUAUGGACUGAAGAUGAAGACCUCCAGAAUGUUCUUCAGUGAAGUGGAAAGACGCUUUGACACUAUGCCUUUCACUCUCAGGGCAUUUGAGGAUGAAGGAAAAGCUCGUUUGGGAGUUGUGGAGUGUGCCAAACAUGAGCUACUGCAGCCUUUUAGUGUGCUGAACGAGAAAGAAGGUGAGUUUGUGGCUCAGUUUAAAUUCACAGUGCUGCUGAUGGCCAAUGGUCCUUUGAGAAUCACCAGUGGACCAUUUGAAGCAGAGCUGUACAAGUCUGAACAUGAUGUACAAGAUCCUGAACUCAAGUCUCUGAUACAGAGUUCUGCAAGUCGCAAAGCACAGAAGAAGAAGAAAAAGAAGGCCUCCAAAACGGCUGAGAAUGCUAGUACAGGCCAACCAGCUGAGAAUGAGGUUGCAGCCAAAUAGAAGCGACAUGAAUCCACACUCUCACAAAACCCUUCAAAGAGCAGAAACUUCAACAUUUCAGUCUUGGCCCACUGUUUUAACCUCUUCCUCAUCAAACCUUUGAUCGAGAGUCACUGUUAAAACCUGUGUGUUUAACAAAUUUUGCUUCCUCCUGUAAUGGAGAAAUGUGUCAUUUAGAUUUGGACUCAGAGUGAGUGCAACAAAUUUGUACUUUCAUAAUGAAUCUAUUUACUCCUCAAGCACUCAAUUUCAACUGGAACACAAUGCCUUUUGCAAAAUGUAAUUAAAAAAAAAACUUCGCAAUUCUUUUGUAGAGUUGCGUUUUCACAACAUGUAUUAUUGACUGUAUGAAGUUAUAUGCUUGCCCAUAGUUUAAUUUGAGUGGUCAUUUGAUUUGUAACUGUUUCUCAGGGUUAAAAUUUUAUGAAGAAAAACUAAAUCUCCCUCAGCUUAAAAGUACUUGUCUACAUUUUGAAUUGAGAAUUUUCAUUGAUAACGAGAAUUUCCAUGGAUAAUUUCAUGUUUUACGGGGGCAUUAGAAUUGAAAUUCUAUGUACAGAAUUCCUACGCACUCACACGUUAUUGUAAAGCUACAGGAUUUUUGAAAAUAGAACAUAAAAACAGUCUUCUCCAACUGCCA